UACUGUAACUUAUGGUUCAGUGCUGUUCUAUAUCUGUUGUAGUUGUAGAUAAUUGUUUUAAACUUUUUUUUUACGUUUUUCUUUUUUAAUUCAGCCUUUUCGUUCAUUUUAAAUUUUCAUCAUGCCUGGUAUUCCUGAUAGAGAUCGUGGGAGAGAUAGAGGGUUCGGUGGACCUCGUUUUGGUGGUAACAGAAAUGGGCCUCCUCAAGGGAAAAAAUUUGGUAAUCCAGGCGAGAAACUCACUAAGAAAAAAUGGAAUCUAGACGAGCUUCUUAAAUUCGAGAAGAACUUUUACCAAGAACAUCCCGAUCUCACCGCACGAUCCAUGCAAGAAGUAGAGCAGUACAGGAGGAGUAAAGAAGUCACUGUGAGAGGAUAUAAUUGUCCAAAACCAACUAUGCAAUUCCAUGAAGCAAGCUUUCCAUCUUAUGUACUGAAUGUUCUCGUGAGCCAGAAUUUCACUGAACCAACUCCUAUUCAGGCGCAAGGGUGGCCUGUUGCACUGAGUGGAAGGGAUCUUGUUGGAGUUGCACAGACUGGAUCUGGAAAAACUCUGGCAUAUCUACUGCCUGCUAUAGUUCACAUAAAUCAUCAGCCUUUCUUGGAACGUGGAGAUGGUCCUAUUUGUCUGGUGCUGGCACCAACCAGAGAACUGGCCCAGCAGGUACAGCAAGUGGCUGCAGAAUAUGGAAGAGCAUCCAGACUGAAGUCUACAUGCAUUUAUGGAGGAGCUCCAAAGGGACCUCAGCUGAGAGACUUAGAAAGAGGUGUAGAAAUCUGCAUUGCAACUCCUGGUAGACUGAUAGAUUUCCUUGAAGUAGGUAAAACUAAUCUAAGAAGGUGCACAUAUUUAGUGCUGGAUGAAGCUGACAGAAUGCUUGAUAUGGGCUUUGAGCCUCAGAUACGGAAAAUUGUUGAACAGAUAAGACCAGACAGGCAGACCUUGAUGUGGAGUGCAACUUGGCCAAGAGAGGUUAGACAGCUGGCUGAAGAUUUUUUGAAAGAAUAUGUGCAUAUCAAUAUUGGUGCCUUGGAACUUAGUGCAAACCACAACAUCCUGCAGAUUGUUGAUGUUUGCCAAGACACUGAAAAAGAUGACAAGCUUGUUCGCCUCAUGGAAGAAAUAAUGAGUGAGAAGGAAAACAAAACUAUAAUAUUCGUAGAGACAAAACGGCGAUGUGACGAGCUUACAAGAAAGAUGAGACGAGGCGGCUGGCCAGCAAUGGGUAUACAUGGUGACAAAAGUCAACAAGAACGUGACUGGGUUCUAAAUGAAUUCAAACAAGGCAGUGUUCCAAUUUUGAUUGCUACAGAUGUCGCUUCCAGAGGUCUAGAUGUGGAAGAUGUGAAAUUUGUCAUCAAUUAUGAUUACCCUAACUCGUCCGAGGACUAUGUCCACCGAAUUGGAAGAACAGCCCGUAGUACCAAAACGGGUACAGCAUAUACUUUCUUUACUCCUGGCAACACACGACAAGCAAACGACCUCAUCUCUGUGCUUCGAGAAGCCAAUCAAACAAUCAAUCCUAAACUACUUCAGCUGGUAGAAAGAGGAGGUCGUUUCAGGGGUGGAGGCUUUGAUAGGCGUGACAGAUACUCUGCUGGCAAGAGGGGUGGCUUUAAAGGAAGAGAGAAUGCUGGCUUUGGACCAGGACGGAGGGAUGCCAGUGGAGGACCUGGAAGGAGAGAUGCAAAACCCCAGCAGAAUGGCUUUGGGGGAGCUCCACGUUAUGGAAACAAUGCAAAUACUCCCCAAUAUGGUAACACUGAUGGCUAUGGGAACAGCUCAUCCAACUUCAGGUCUGGAAAUCAGGGAGGACCAUCUGGCUUCAAACCCGGAAAUCAAGGACCACCUGGCUUUAGGCCUGGAAACCCAGGGGGACAGUAUCAAAGUGGAACAAAGCCUGGAAACCAGGGAGGGCCACCUGGAGGACCAUCUGGCUUCAAGCCUGGAAAUCAGGGGGGGCCAUACCAAAGUGGAAACAAGCCUGGAAACCCGGGAGGACCAUCUGGCUUUAAGCCUGGAAACCAAGGGGGACAAUUUCAAAGUGGAAACCAGGGGCCACAGUACCAGAGUGGGGGACAAUACCAAAAUAGUUAUCAGGACAGAAAUCAGCAGUAUGGAAGUGCUACUCAGAGUGGCAUGCAGAACUUGCAAAAUGGAAUGAAAAAUGCUGCAAGUACUCCUCAGCAGUAUACAUACCCCCCUCCUCCUGUGGUUAGUUACCCGCUUCCUGUAUCUUCCACAUAUCAGUAGUAACUCCCUUUUUUGGAUUGCAUUUGUUUUACUGUGUCACGGUGAGUAAUUUAAUUCGACCAAAACUGAGAACUGCAGUGCAGUAGUUAAUGGUGCACUUUAUUUAAGUUUUACUGUUUCAGGAAUUGCUUUAGUUGGUGAUCUUGUAUUGGAACUGUGGACCAACAUGUUCUGUGAUAGUUUUUUUGCAGAAAUGGGACUAUAUAAGUCCUUAGAAAUAAAGGAUUUAAUACAA